CAGCGGGGCGGUGCGCUGACGGAGUAUGUGGGAUUUCGGGGUUCGGCUUCUUCACUGCGGGGAGCAGCAGCAGUAACCCAUGAACAGCUGAAAACUCAGCGGUAACGCUGGCACCUGUUGAGGAGGAUCCAUCGUGUGGAGUUGAACAGCUAGUCCAGGAAUGGCUGUGUCUGAAUUGUCAAAUGCAGCGAGCUCUUGGCAUUGAUAUGACCACGCCUCGCUCCAAAAGUCAACAGCAGAUUCACUCUCCGUCCCACCAAGCCAAGCCCCUUGUACAGCCACAGCAGUCCGCUCCGCAGCCAACAAAGCCAACAACUGCUGCUCAGCCCAAACCCCUGGCACAGAGUCAGUUUACCCAUCAGCAACAGCAGGGGCAACAGCAGCAACAACGACAACAGCAGCAACAACAACCUCAGUCCCAGCCAUAUGGCCAAACUAACCCUUACUCUCAGCCUCAAUCCCAGCCAUACCCACAAUCCCAGCCCCAUUCUCAAUCCCAGUUGCAUUCCCAGUCCCAACAAAACUCGCAGUCUCAACCUUACUCUCAGCAACAGCCAUAUUCACAGUCCCAGCCAUAUUCCCAGCCCCAGCCGUACUCCCAGUCCCAGCCAUAUUCCCAAACCCAGCCAUAUUCCCAGUCCAAGCAGUAUCCUCAGCCUCAAUCUUACCCUCCAUCCCAGCCAGGCCCCCAAAUGCAGCCUCAGACACAACCAGGGCUUGGCGGCCCCCAGUCUAAGAUGACACCUUCUCAGCAGAACAUGAGAUCUGACCCUUACUCCCAAAGAGGUCUUGGAGCUCAAGGAGGUGUUGGAGGUCCAACAGGUGGCUCUGGUCAGCAAGGCGGUCCUCGUAUUCCACAUCCAGGGGCCGUACCACUCCCUGGGUUGACGAAAGCACCCUCCCAGCCAGAUUUGGGUCGAGGUUCUCCAAUGCAUCAAUCUAUGACAAGACAGCAGGAUCAGACCAGAAGCGCUGGAUCUUCCCCGGCCCACCGACCUCAGAGUCAGGCCCCCGCCCAGGAUGGUCUGACAAAACUUUUUGGCUUUGGGGCAUCGCUUCUCAAUCAGGCCAGUACCCUGAUUAAUGUUGACCCACUACCCACAGCCUCAACGCAGCCAAGCCCUUCACGUGGUAAGGUGGUGUUCAGCAAUGCAACUCCAGACAACAAAUUGCAACAGCAAGGAACCAGUGGGACCAAACCUUUCAGUACAGGUGGUCCCCAUGCUCCUAGCCAAAUGGGAGGUCCUAAGGCAGCAGGUCAAGGUGGAGGUUUUAGUGGGCAAGCACAAAUGGGGGGACCUUAUCAACCAAGCCAAAUGGGAGGUCCUCAGGCAUCCAGUCAAACUGGUGGUGUUCAGGGGCGAAAUCAAACAGGUGGUCCCCAUGCUCCAGCUCAAAUUGCAGGUACCAUUGGUGGACCUCAAGUGCCAACCCAAAAGCAACAGCAACAGGCUGGUCCCCAAAAACAGCAGAUGACACCACAGCAGCCAUUUGCUCAAAGUCAAAAAGAGCAACAAGGACAACAGACACCUUCACCUCAGCAGAAAAUGUUGCAGAAACAGGAGCCAGUAUCAGUAACCUCUAGUGCUCCUGAACCAGAGAAGCCCAAGGUGAACUGUCCUCUUUGUAAAACAGAGCUGAACAUCGGCAGCUCUGAUCCACCUAACUAUAACACCUGCACACAAUGUCAGAGCCAAGUGUGCAACCUGUGUGGCUUCAACCCAACACCGCAUUUGGUAGAGAAAAAAGAGUGGCUAUGUCUCAGCUGCCAGACCCAGCGACUGUUGUCAGGAGGCGGCCUUGAUGAGCCUCCUCUUCCUGUUCCCCAUCAGUCGCCGAAGCACCAGCCUUUGAGCUCACCUCAUCACCAGACUCCUACCACCCAGCAAAGUCCUCUCCACAAAUCUACCACUCAGCAGGGACCCAGACCAGCCCAGCCCCAGACACAAAAAAUACAACCUGGAACUGGUGUUAGCGGACCUAUGGCUCCCCAGUCUGCUAAACCAGCAACCGAUGCUAAAUCCACAACACCAGCUGCAGCAAAAGUACCGACCACAGAGGCCCAGAAACAGAUGAAACCAACAGAGGAGAAGCCCAAGACAGAACCUGACAACCAAGCCGCCAAAGAGACUAAACCCUCACAAAAGAAAGGAGAACAGAUCACUCCAGUAAAGGAAAUCAAAAAGCCGAGGCAAUAUGACGAUACAAAAAACAACAGCACCCAUGACUUGUCACGCAGCCCUCAGAGCCUCAGUGAUACUGGCUACUCCUCUGAUGGGAUCUCCAGCUCGCACAGUGAAAUUACAGGUCUAAUCCAGGAGGAGGAAAUGAAGCUGAGCGAAAGGGGCAUCAUUGGGCGAGGCUCUCCUCCAAGUCCCUCUGAAAUCACUAAGCUAGAGAGCUCGAUGAGGCCACUGCUAGAGAAGAGCCUCUCGGAGGAAAAGCCAGACAGAAGGGGAAGAAAGCAUAGGGACAGAGACUUAGAUGACCGAGGGAAGCAUCGCCCUCGUUCCCUUUCAAUUCCACCAGAUGCAUAUGACUCUGAUGAGGAAUUAGAGGAUAUACUGGAAGAAGAAGAAGACGGUGGAGACUGGGAAGGUAAACGAAAAGAAGGAAAGGAAGAAAGAAAAGAAAAAAAGAAGAAGGAAAAGGAAAAAGAGGCAGAUCCAACAGAGAUGACGGACGAAGAGUUCAUGCGAAGACAAAUAAUGGAGAUGAGUGCUGAUGAAGACAAUGAAGAAGAUGAGGAGGAGAUUGAGGAUGAUGAGGAAGAUGAAGGUUACGGCUACCAGAAAUCGAAGAAAACACAUCAUAAACACAUUCUUUCUGAUGCAGGGAAAGAAAAGAGGCGGCUGCAGCACCACUCCAGUAGUUUUGAGGAAGAAACCAAGACCUCUUCUGAUGUUUUUAAGGGCUCUGUAGAGGAGGGGGAAGAAGAUCUGAUGGCAUCACAGGGAGGACUGAGACGCUUUAAAACUAUUGAACUUAACAACACCAAUAGCUACAGCCGAGAUAUGGAAUUGAGCAAUGAAAAUGAUCUAAACCUUGAUCGGGAGCCAGAGCUCGAGAUGGAGAGCCUAACAGGAUCUCCUGAGGAGCGUUCUAGAGGGGACUAUUCUUCCACUUUACCCCCAACUUCAUCUUCAUAUGGUUCAGGUCAGUCUCCAACAUCUAUCUCAUCAAUGGAGGAAGACAGUGACAGUAGCCCAAGUAGGAGGCAACGAUUGGAGGAGGCCAAGCAACAGAGAAAAGCCCGCCACCGUUCUCAUGGCCCCCUGCUUCCAACCAUUGAAGACUCUUCAGAAGAAGAUGAACUAAGAGAGGAAGAGGAACUUCUAAGAGAGCAGGAGAAGAUGAGAGAGGUAGAACAGCAAAGAAUAAGAAGCACAGCACGGAAAACCAAAAGGGAUAAAGAGGAGCUGAGAGCACAACGGCGCAGAGAAAGAUCUAAAACACCGCCUAGCAAUCUCUCACCGAUUGAAGAUGCUUCUCCCACAGAGGAACUAAGACAAGCAGCAGAGAUGGAAGAGCUUCAUCGUUCAUCUGCUUCUGAAUAUUCGCCACAAAGUCUGGACUCUGAGGCUGAGGGGUAUGAAUCCAAAAUCUACAAGUCAGGCAGUGAAUACAACCUGCCAACAUUUAUGUCUCUCUACUCACCUAUAGAGAAAUCAUCCUCAACUACUACCACCACUGCACCAUCAUCAACCUCCAAACCUCUAAAAAGUGCUGAGGAGGUAUAUGAGGAAAUGAUGAGAAAAGCUGAAAUGCUGCAAAAUCAAGAGAAACUACAGCAACAGCAACAUGCACGACAUGGGCAAUACUAUGAGGAAGACAUUAAUGGACAAAAUUAUGACGACUAUGACUAUGAACAAGAUCAAACAGGAUAUGACAAUGAAGCAGCAGAAAUUGAAAAUGACAUUUACGAGGAAAUCCGACAGACAUCUCAGAACAUCACAAAGAUGCAACAGGCCACUGAUGAACAAGUUGAGAUUGAAAUUGAGACCUCAUUUGCAGAUAAGCAGCUUUUGGACACAGGCUCAGCCUUUGCCAAACUAUUAGAGCAAAGUAAUGCUCUGCUAACACCUGGGACAAGUCCCACCCAAAUUUCAGCUCCUGUCUCCUUUGCUGAGAGUGGAAGUCGGAUACCUGAUGUUAGAGUAAGCCAACACUUCACUGCAAAGGAUGGACACAAAGACAGAAUCAAAAGCCAAGCAGGAAAAAAUGGCAUAACUCCAACAGUGGCUGCCACCACCAUUGCAGCCUAUGGAGUUUAUGCCAGAGAUGCUGUAACUCUUUCCCAAACUGGAUCAAGCCACUCUAUGACAACUACCCAAUCAGAAACCUCACGCAGACACACAGGAAGUCUUGCCACAUCAUCCGCCACAGUCUCAAGUGUAUGUAGCAAGAUUGCAGAAAUUACUCAGGCUUACAGCCAAAGAGAAGUAAUAACCAGAAGGAUAGGAGACACAAGAGGUGUUCAAGUGCGAGACAGCUCAACAUCAUCUGCUGAGAGAGUUAUUGAACCACGUUCUCCUAAGUAUACAACUUAUUACAGGAGCACCAGUCCUCCUCUCUCUCCAUCACCACCACCACCGCAAAGUCCUAUCCGCUCACCUUCUAGAAAGGCUACUGCUGAGUUCUCCACACAGACCUUCAGCUCAGCACUGGGAAUGGAGCCAGCUGGUUCCGGGCUAACAUCACCUGUGAUAGCUCAGGGAACCCAAACGGCACAUCGAACAAUUUCCCCACGCCUAUAUCGACAACAGUCUUCCCAGGAGGCUCCAUACUCCCCACCUCCUGUUCCAGCUAGGCCAAUGACAGUAAAUACUGCAACUUCUCCUUUAUCCUCACCUACUCGAUUUAGCCGUCAGUCAACUUUUGAUAGCUAUUCUCCAUGUGCAAGCCCCCCAGAUACACCACCUUACCAACAAUCACCCACACGCAGCUUUUACCGGCCACAAAGAGUGGAGAAGGUAAAUGUAGGGACAAGCAUGGUUACCACUGCCAGCUUGUACUCCAGAGGGUCUGUUUCUAUGGAUAAUAUCUCCCUCUGUAGAAUAUCUACAGUCCCAGGGACUUCAAGGGUUGAACAGGGCCAUAUGAUUCAAGGUGGUAGUGUUGUAGAUCUAAGAACUGCUACCCACUCAGCACCUAUUAUUAUGACUGACCAGGGAAUGGAUCUUACUUCCUUAGCUACAGAAAGCAGGAAAUACCAUGGUGGACCAGAAGGCAGCAGGCAUUCAACAAUCAUACAACCCCUAAUUAUGAAUUUAAACACACAGGAGACCACCACACCAACCACUGUGAGUGUCACUGUAGCUGCCUCUAUGUUUAUGACCCAGCUAAAACAGCCAAUGGUUUACGGUGAUCCCCAUCAUAGUCGCAUAGAUCUAGGCCAGGGCAUGGGCUCAGCAGUAUGUCUUUCCCAAAACAAAUCCCCAAUUUCUCCUCCAACUGACCCCUCUAUUCCAAAAAUCGAUGCCAAACUAGAAGAUCUUAGCAUCCAACAGAGAGAGCUCCAAAAACAACAAGAGAAGCUACAAAAACAGCAGGAGCUCCUUGAACAACAGUUACAACAGCACCAUCAGUUGCAACAGCACCAACAACAGGCAUCAGUUCUAUCCAAGUAUAACCUUAGUGGCCAGAUCUCACCUUUAACCAAAAAAAAUUUGAUAGUUAGCCAGACGAGCAUUGCGUCUACAGUGGUCAGUGCUGUCUCACCAGUGAUUAAUCCUGAUCUUUAUGCCGCUGGUCCUAUUGAGCUGAAAGGGAAGUCCAGUCCUCCUGGUUUGAUGUCAGGGGGUAAAUCCCCACAUAGUAUGGUUGUACAAAUGGAUGGGGGACCAGAGCCAGUAAGGGCAGUAACUCAACUUGUGAAGGUAGAAGAAGGACAAGAUGCAGUUGAUCUCACAGGAGGCCAAAUAAAACCUGACCAAACAGCAUGUUGUGAUGUAGUUUACAGACUGCCAUUUGGUGGAAGUUGUGUUGGUGUCUCUGAGAAAGAGGGUAUUAGACCUCCAUCUGCCCCACCUAUUAGUUAUGAGGCUGAUCAUGAACGCCAACCUGGAAGGUACCAUGAGUACCCAAUGGAUGCUCGUAAGGCCUACACAUUACCUUUCCCUGGAAGGCUUCAGCCUUCUAUGUCUGAUACAAACCUUGCUGAUGCUGGGCUGCAACCUUACAAUUCUAAAUAUGAACCACAACUUCAGCCAUCAGGAGAACUUGUCAUGGAUUUAACCGCUAUGAAACAGAGCUAUGGAGGAUAUAUGGGUAUGCAAUAUGGUUCCUAUACAGACUUACGUCAUGGAGGGGAAAUUUCAGCGCAAGCACUGCCAAUAAGAAGAUAUAAUUCCUUGUCCAACAUUAGCUCAGAUUAUGGUUAUUCUGCUCGGGAUAUUGCAGGCUUCCAAGAAGCUAACUUGGCUCAGUACAGUGCUACAACUGCAAGGGAAAUAAGUCGAAUGUGUGCAGCACUUAAUUCAAUGGAUCGAUAUGGAAGCAACCCGGACUUGAUGCAGUUUGGAACCUUAGGUAGAGGUACUGGACCAGGAGCCUCCAGAUUUGCAGCAAGUAUUGGCUUGAGGCAAAGCCUAAUAUUUGGACUUGAUGGUAAACCAAUGUCUCAAAAUCAAGCUCUAACAAAUCUUAUUAAUGCCAGGCAGGCUAGUCUAAGAGCCAUGUACCCUGCUGCUAUUAGGUCCUCUGAUGGAAUGAUUUACUCUACUAUUCAGACUCCUAUUGCCUCAACUCUUCCCAUCACCACCCAGCCUGCUUCUGUACUUCGACCUCUACUGAGAGGAGUCUACAGGCCAUAUGCUUCUCCUAACAUGACGCCAGUGCCCCUGGCUAGUCUCACUAGAUUGCCAAUUAGCCCAAGAAUGCCAUUGACUGGACAAGUACCACUCCGCUACCCAGCACCAGGUCUGCUUCAGACUACCUCAGUCACUGUCUUUACCACAACUGCUACAUCAACUUCAGCACCAGGAGGAGCCCUUGUGCCUGUGUCUUCAACAGCUACUAGCUCAACACUCCAAGAGGAACCUGUUUAUCUUGGUAAAGGUGCCAAAGUAACAUCAGUAGAUGUCACUUCAUUACCAGGAGCUGUGGUCAGUUCGUCUGAAUCACAGCAGCAACCAAUAAAUCUGUCCCAGACACAUCUGAACACCCAACAGCAACCGAUGACAAUGGCUCAGCAGCCACAGCCGCCUCCUGCAGCCCAUGCAUACCCACCUUCAAGUCCAGCAAUAACUCAAGGCUACACCCAAUCUGCUGCAGGUCCAUCAGUCCCAGCUGGUGGCUUGCCAAUUCCAUGUGGUCUUCCCCCUUUCCCUCCACCAGGUGCUAUGCACAAAGAGGGCGAAACGGAGGCAGAGAGGCUCCACCGACAACAGGAACAACUCCUACAGAUGGAGAGGGAGCGUGUUGAGUUAGAGAAACUUCGUCAGCUGCGACUGCAAGAAGAACUUGAGCGCGAAAGAAUGGAGCUAAAGUUACAUAGGGAGAAGGAGCAAAUUCUGGUGCAGAGGGAAUUACAAGAGCUGCAGAACAUCAAGGAUCAGAACAAGCAGUUGAAACUCUUUCAAGUUAACUCUGUUAAACAGGUAUUACAGCAGCAGCAGCAAGAACGCGAGAAACAACUUGUACUCCAAAGGGAGCAGUUGGCCCAGCAGAAAUCCCAGUUAGACCAAAUACAGUCUCUGCAGCAGCAGCUCCAGCAACAGCUACAAGAGCAGAAGCGGCUUAAGACAGCUGCUCAGACUAUACAGCUGGAUAUGACAGGACAGCCACUGCAUCCCUACAUAGACUCUCAGAUGAGCUCUCGCUCCCUCCCCAACUCUUCCUCAGAGAUAUGUCUAAGGAGUGUAGAUGAACAGAUGGAAGCCAGAGCUGGUAUGAGGAAACAUAGCUCCUUGAGCAGGCUGACCCGCGACACAACUGAUGGAGAUGGUGUGGUUUUCUAUGGCUCCCCUCGCAGAAUUGUGGAUAGUUGUGUACAGACUGAUGACGAAGAUGGAGAGGAGAGGUACAUGAUGCGUCAUCGCACCAGGAGGCGCGGUCGCAGCGUUGACUGCUCCGUUCAAACAGAUGACGACGAGGAUAAGGCUGAAACAGAGCAUCCGGUUCGCAGAAGACGCUCUCGGUUCUCCCGCCACACUGAAUCCGCUGCAACUGGCACGAGCACUGCUUCAACUACCACCUCAGCAACAGACACCAAAGCUGAAUCAUCCAAGAUAGUUUCCUCCAGCAUUGCAGUCCAGACCAUCAGGGAAGUGUCCUGUCAGACAGAAGUUGAGCACCUAGGAAGAGUCUCCCCAGCAAUUCAUGUGACAUUACCAGACCCCAAUAAAGUCGAGAUUGUGCACUACAUCUCUGGACCAGAGCGAACUCAAAAAGGACAAUCUCUUGCCUGCCAGACUGACCCAGAGGGGCAGUCACAGGGUGUUGUAGCUCCACAGCUCAGUGUGCCAACUACGGUCAGUCCAUAUUCUUCCUCUACCAGUACCGGAACAUUACCAUCUAGUUCCACUGACCUUCACAACCAGCAGCGCCAGCAGCAACAUGUGGCAGCAAAUGCAGCAAAAUUUGAGCGGCGCCGACCCGACCCAUUAGACAUUAACUACCAGCCUCACAACCACCUCCACAACGAGUCCAUUUCCAGCAUCAUCAGGCAGCAGCAGACUGCUCCAAAAUCUCCACAAGUCCUCUACUCCCCUGUCUCACCGGUGUCUCCACACCGUCUGCUGGAGACCUCUCUGUCAAGUGACAGACUAAACAAGGCCCACGUCACUCCUCAGCAGAAGUCUUACACAGCCGAAUCUCCCCAGCGACACCCAUCUGUGCCCCGACCUAUCAAAAGCACGCAUAGGUCAAUGUCUGACCCCAAAUCCCUCAGUCCGACCACAGAGGAGCAUGCCAAGGCCAGACUGUCCCUCUAUCAACAACAAGCUCUCCAGAACCAGCUUGCAGCCUUGCAGCAGAGCUCUUUGCUUCGGAAGGUGAAGCGAACCCUGCCCAGCCCUCCUCCAGAUGAGACUGCUACCUCAGCUCACUUGACCAUGAUGACACCUGCCCAACAACAGAUCUACCUGUCCUCUGUGCCCAGCCUCAAGCCCAGCUCAAGGUCUGGCCUAGCCGCUAAAGCCAGCCUCCUCAAAGAUCUCACCCACGAGCUGAAGGCUGUGGAGCAAGAGUCUACCAAGCUUAGAAAGCAACAAGCUGAACUGGAGGAGGAAGAGAAAGAGAUUGAUGCUAAACUGAGAUACUUAGAACUGGGAAUUCAUCAGAGAAAAGAGACUUUGGUGAAGGAGAGAGAAAGAAGGGAUAUUGCCUACCUGAGAUGUAUGGGUGAUACCAGAGACUAUAUGUCUGACAGUGAGUUGAAUAACUUGCGUUUAGCAGCUGCUGCUGCAUCACAUGAGACAAAUGGGCUACUAACAACCAGACCAAGCACUGCUCCACUAAGCCAGUUUACCAGUGACCUAAAUACAGCAGCUCAGUACCCACCAACCUCAUCUUUCCUCUCCUGUCAAUAUCCCCAGAGUCAACCAGCAGCACCAUCCCAGCAAUCAAGUUUGUCAUACCAGUCAUCUACAUUCAAUCAGCCUCCUUACCCAACGGUGUCACAGUCACAGGCACUGCCACAGCCCAUGACCCUUCAGAGCCAUGCCCCUCCUCCUGGACCUACCUAUCAACCUCAAACAUCCUAUCCCUCUCACACCUACCCACAAGCUCAGCCCCCAUACCCCCAAACAGAUUUGGGGUUACCAUCUGCGCCUCAACCUCAGCCUCCAGCUGGGCCUACGGGUUUUGGUCAUGCACCACCUGGACAGCCACCAUACCCCACCCACAGCUCACCUUAUCCCAGUGCUGUGUCCCCCUACCCCACCCAAACGACCCCAUACCCUGGGCAGCCCCAAGCUGAUAUCCUGACAGUUCACCCUGGAAGACCUAGACAGACAUCACUUGCUGAACUUGAGCAUAAGAUGCCAACCAACUAUGAGACUAUCAGCAACCCAACAGUUGUGGUCACUACUACAGCCCAAGAUGCUACGUUUUCAUGUGCAGCCCCAGCCUAUGGCCCAUACACAGGAACAACAACUCUGGCAAGCUCCUAUGGGCCAUAUGGAUCUGCAACUGUUUCUAACAGUUAUAGUGGUUACUCCAUUGUGCCUCCAAGCACUUAUGGUCCAUAUACAACAACACCAGCUGGUUCAUAUGGCCAGUACACAACAACUACAGCUAAUACAUAUGGCUACACAACUACCACAGCCAGUUCUUAUGGACAAUAUACUUCAACUGUUUCCAAUGCCUAUGGGCACCCUGUAGAUAGUCCUUCGACAUACAGCACAGCAGAAGGGAUGUACGGAGCUCCUGGUUUAGAACAAAACAUUCCAAGAAACUAUAUGAUGAUUGAUGACGUAAGCGAGCUGACGGCAAAGGAUGGGCUGGGCACGACAGCAGGGGACAUGAUGCAUCAUGGCAGUAGCGGGCGUUACCCCGGUGACAUCCAUGGCCAUAGCAGCACAACUGGCAGUACGACGCGUGGGGGAACUGGCAGCUCCCCCUACGGCAGGGCACCUGAGGAGGAAGCAGCGAUGCAGGAUGAGCUGUACGACCACCACGGCAGGGGUAAGAGCAGCUACAGGCAUGGACCUCUACGGGGCAGCAGCAGCGUGAGCGCUAGCUUGGGUGGGGGAUCCCCCUAUUUCUAUGACUACGACUACAAACUUACUGGCAUCCGCUCCGGGGUACAAAAAUCUUUGGCAUCCUCCAGAAGCCUUCUCGCUCCUGCUGUCAUGUCCUCCAAGCGUAGCAGCAAGCACAGGAAGUUGGGGACUAUGGAGCAGAAAAUUUCAAAGUUUUCCCCCAUAGAGGAGGCUCGAGAUGUGGAAGCAGAUCUGGCCUCCUAUUCUACAGGUGAGGCUUACCCCUCAUCCCACGUUCGAGGGCGACAGCUGAUUGAGGAUUAUGGCUUCAAAAGGAGUGCUUUCAAUGGCACCAGUGGCACAACUCAUGGAAGUCGAUACUAUGGUAUGACUGUGGAUGAGGACGAUCAGAUUUACUACACUUCCUCUGGCCGCUCCCGUUCCCAUGGCUAUGGCAUGGACAAGAUCUCAGCCAGAGAUUAUCAUAAUUAUCGAAGCAGAUCCUACGAGAGAGAUGACCGUUCCUACCGUUCUGGCUACAGAGGACGCCAUCCAACUCGGCAGUACUCUGAGGAGGAGAAUCCAUUCAGCCCUUUAGGGAAAUUGACGAGUUCUGGGAGAUCUUCAAGCUUAGGUCGUGACCCGUAUGACAGUCACAACAGUAGAUAUUAUUACUAUUAUGGCAAUUAUGGUUCCAGUCACUCGCUGCCAGAUGUUCAAGACCAUAUAAGGGACCUUCCACGGACACAUGUCUACAAAUCGGAUGAUACGUACAUUAUUGAUGAUUAUCAUUGUGCGGUAUCGGACAGUGAAGCCUACCAUCUGGGCCAGGAAGAAACUGACUGGUUUGAGAAACCACGCUCCAGUUCUCGACACUAUGGCAGCAGCCACUCUGGAAGGAGUCGGCAUGGUAUAAAGCACACCUACCAUGAUUAUGAUGAACCUCCUGAGGAGGAUCUGUGGCCGCAGGAUGAGUACAGUCAUGGCGGUCGGCACUCAUCAUCACGUGACCACAGGCACCAUGGCAGUUCUAGCCGCCACUCUUCCACCCGUCACUCAGAUGAGCCGAGAUCCUCAAGGUCAUCUAAGGGGCAUCCGAAAGAUCCAUCUAUGCGCCAUGACCCCUCAGGACGUUCUUCAUCAUCAGGAAGGCGUGGUGAGUCCAGGUCUGGAGGGUAUCACUCUUCAGACUACUCCAGGGAUCCUUCUGGACAUCAUCAUGGCCAAAGAUCUUCAAGGCAGGGAGAUCCACACAGGUCCUCACGCAGCAAGUCCCAGGGCCAAGUAGACAUGCAGGGACAACAACCAGGCUCCAGGUCUGGCAGUGGUUCAGGGAGAGCUCAGGGCUCUGCUGGUGGGCCCCCAGGAUCAGGACGACAGGGAGGCCCCGGGUCCCAGACAGAUGGGACCCAAGGACAGAGGACUCAGCUCCAACAACAGGCCCAGACAUCUGCAGUCAGACCAGGACAACCUGGUACAACAGCAACCACAGGCCUCCAGCAGCAGACCCCAACCCAAGGUCAAGGCAUGGGAAUGGGCAUGGGAAUGGGUCAGGCCCAGGCAAAGCCGGGACAAAUGGGACCAGCUGGCGGGCCCAUGGGGCAGGCUAGGCCAACAAGUGCAGCAGGAGCCACACCGUCGACUAUGAUGAAGAUCGACACACCUCCAGCGACAGCGAUUGGGGCGAAAGCGGCGCCUGUCAUGGCCUCAAAAGCCGGCCAGCCCCCACUCACAGGCAUAGGCUCUAAAGCGGCUCCUAGACCCGGGGGUAUCGGCAGUGCAGCAGCAGGUCAGCCUGGCAUGGAGGGGGAAGGCAUGUUUUCCAAGAUCCUGCCUGGAAGCGCUGCUGAGCAGGCCGGCAAACUGGGAGAAGCCAUCUCUGGGUUUGGGAAGAAAUUCACCUCCUUAUUUUGAGGUGACACAAAUAAGGACUCUAAAAUAUGUCAAAAUGAAGUCAUGAGGCCCCGUACAAGAAAAACCUCUGAAGUUCCCCCUGCUUUUGUUUUCUGAAAAAAAAAGAGAAAAGAAGGAGAGAGAGAGGAUGAUUGCUGAAAGGAGGCUGAGCAUACUGCCAAAACAGACUGGAAUCCUCUGGAUGCUUCGUGUCUCAGAUCUGAGCACACAAAGGCAGAGAGAAGACUCUGAUCUCUCUGACAGGCCAGACAAUCAUUCCAAGCCAACAUCCAGCUUGAGAAGGAUCCACAUUAUCACACAGCUUCUUGGAGAAGAUCUGCAGCAGCAACAAACAUCUCAACCUCUACAUGAAAACUAAAUGCCUGGGGGUUGAAUGGAGAAAGAGAUGAUUGGUCCACGCCAGCUGUGGAAGCUCUAUGCACGUAAAGAAAUACCAAGCAGAUGAACCAGGCAUGGAGACAUCUGAAGACUGCUUCAUCUUUCCAUGAGGGCUGCUUUCAUUCCAGCAUCCUGUAGGAGGUGGUAGUUUGACCACAGCUGCAGAGGCUUGUAGGUUUUAAAGUCCAGCGCUCACUCCAGAUGAAAAACCAACAAAUCACCUCUCUCCUCUUUUCUAUCUCUUUUCAAAGUAAACAAUCAGCAGAAAAAUUGUAAUAAAUAAAAACUCAUUAAGGGGACCGCAGGUUUUUCUUGUACUAAAGACGUCUCUGACCGCAGAAAACUGACGAGGAAUUCAUCAUAACGUCACCUUGAAUGAAACAGAUGAUAAUGACGCGGACCGAGUAUGCCGCCACGUGUUUCUUUUUUUCCACCAUUUUGUCUACAACUUUGCUCUUCUUCCUCACCUCAAUUGCGUUUUCUUGAAUGCCGAUUCUUCUUUCUUACCACACCCAACUGCAAUGAUCCACAACUUGCCAUGUCUUCAAACAAGAUUAUUGUGGAUUUAAAGAAAAAAAAAAAAAAAGAAAUAUGGGAAUGCAUGGAACUUUAUAUCCAAGACC